AUGUUCGUCGGUAUUCUUGGAACAUUGGGCUCGGGUAUACAGGAUGUCGCCGAAUUUCUGGUAAACGAGCUUUCUUUUCGGUUCUUGGCACUUAAGAACAAAAAUCUUGACGUCUAUCAACACCUAGACGUGUUUAAAUUCUUUGAGACAGCAAAGGAAAUGCAAUUAUAUGCUACAAAGCGUUGGUCAGAAAAUUUUGUUAUGAUUGCGGAUAUGGCAAAUGCCGAUUUGGAUUUAUUUUUGAAAAGACCUUUUUUUCUUUUAAUUUCGGUCGACGGUCCUUUAACACAACGGUUUACGAGGUACCAGCAAUGUAUUUCCGAAAGGAGCGUGAAAGAAGUUUCCCUUGCAGAAUUUAUUGUUCAAUCUGAAGAAAAAAAGUAUGCUGAUGAUUUAUUUCUUUUGAGAAAUCUCGAUAGAGCUAACAUCAAGCUUAUUAAUCAGGCAAAGGACCAAGCAAGUCUGUUCAAAGAGCUCAGAGAACUGGAUAUCAAAAAUCCGGAACGACUCAGACCUGCAUGGGAUGCAUACUUUAUGUCUCUAGCAAACUUGGCUGCACAUAGAGCAAACUGUAUGAAAAGGAGAGUUGGUUGCGUUAUAAUACGUGACAAGCGAGUUAUUGCAACUGGAUAUAAUGGAACUCCUAGAAAUUUUAAGAAUUGUAAUGAGGGUGGAUGUCCUAGAUGUAACAGUGCUGAUGCUUCGGGUGUUGGACUGUCCACGUGCCUUUGUCUUCAUGCAGAAGAAAAUGCACUUCUUGAAGCCGGCAGAGAUCGAAUUGGUUCCUCUGCAACUGUAUACUGCAACACUUGUCCCUGUUUAACUUGCUCAAUUAAAAUAAUUCAGGCUGGAGUCCGUGAGGUUGUUUACUCUCAAAGUUACUCUAUGGAUGCAUUAAGUUCUCGUGUAUUAAAGCAGUCUGGAGUUACUCUUCGCCAGUUUAUUCCUCCCAAAAGUGGAAUUGUUAUUAUUAAAUAA